GCGUGCAUCUUCUCGCCGUUUUCGCGGUAGCGCUGCAUUACACACAUUUUGUGUAUUUGUAGCUUAGCUGUUUGUUAUUUCACCAGACAUGGAGAUGUUUAACCAGCUCCUGCUGGUAUAUCCUGAAAUAGUGUACACUGGGAUCGGAGUAACAGCAUUCGCCACCGGAGGAACGCUUAUCUACAAAAUUGCAACCAGAAAGAAGCCGGUACAUGCUAAGGUAAACUGCUGGUUUUGCAACGAGAAUACAGUGGUGCCUUAUGGCAACAGGAACUGCUGGGACUGUCCCAACUGUGACCAGUACAAUGGCUUCCAGAGUAAUGGGGAUUACAAUAAACCUAUCCCCGCUCAGCACAAUGAGCACCUGAACCAUGGAGUAUGUGGAAGCCUUCCCUCAGCUGUCACAGCUCAGACACAGCAGUGGGUUAAUUGUCAGAUGCUGCUAUGCAGGAAGUGCAAUAACAACCAGACAGUAAAGAUCAAGCAGUUGGCAUCAUUUAUACCAAGAGAUGAGGAGAACUACGAUGAGGAAAUUGAUGCCUAUAAGCACCAUCUGGAGCAGACAUAUAAGUUGUGCCGGCCUUGUCAGACAGCUGUGGAGUAUUACAUCAAAUAUCAGAACCGACAACUUCGCACGGUGCUCCUAAACCAUCAGCUGAGGCGCACUCGAGAUGCAGACAACGGCUUCAUAAAGAGCUCCUAUUCUGCAUCUUCUCCCCUUGGGGUCAUUCUGCUGCGGGCCCUCGCCUUCCUGAUUUGUGCAUUUCUUCUCGCUACAUCUCUUUAUGCAUCGCCAGACCAGGCCUCUUCAACUGCAACCCCACAGACAUUAAGUGGAGGGGUCAUUCCUCCUAAACCUAAACCCUCUAACAAGUCCAGUACAGUUAAUGAAACCAGUGAAAGUGUUCCUGUGUGGCAGAGUGUGGUGGAUCUUCUCCCGGACAAAGCCAUGGAAAGUGGCAAACUAGUAUGGCAGCAUGGACGAGAUAACCAGCUGGCUGUUGUCUCUGUUGGCCUGUUGACUUGUCUCACUGCUAUCUUCUUAGCUGGACCUGUGAGGUUGAGGAGAAUUGAUUCUGCUGCCUCAGUCCUGUGGUUCCUCAUUCUGCUCCUCUACAUGGCUGAAAGCUACGUGACUGGUACCUUAAGCUGGAUGGACACGGCAAAGCUUAGUAUCAUCUCCCUCUGUUGCCUUGUCAGCUUUGCUGCCGCCGUGGCAACUCGCAAACCACUGGGUCCAAGAAGAGCCAGAUAUCGAAGAUAUCUUCCCGGCAGCUCUGCAGUUCCCCUGUCCGGCCAGCCUCCUUUGUUCUCUAAUGGUCAGGCAGACUCCUUCAUCCCCAGCCCGCCCCCCAACAUCUCCAUGCUCCUCAACCGACAACAACAGACUCCACGUGAGCGCAAGGCCUCCCCCUCCUCUCUGCCCGGCCGCCUCAACAGAGCCCUCUGCCUGGGCACCAUACGCUCCCUCAACAGGACAGAUUCUGGUUACCUGUUUAGUGGAAGCAGACCAACAUCAGCAUGCCAAGACUCCCCGCCAUCAGAUUACUUCUCACUGAAGUCAGGGAGUCGCCCAUCAUCACCGGGCCCCUCUCCUCCACCUUCUGUAGCUGGGUCUGUGACUUCCAGUUCGAGUUCUGCCAGACAACGACGACCCCUCAUCUGCCCAGCUCGCCUCAACAUCAGCGGUCAAAGUCUCAGGCUUUUCUCCGCUGAGCCAGAACCCUCACGGAUGUCCCCUCCACUAUCCCCUCCACCUUCCUCUCCAAACUUCCAAAGACAAAAUGAUAUGACUUCAAUGUUAUGGGUCAGAACUGUAGUGGAAGAACAAGUGAAGCAAGACAGCUCCUCAGAGUCCUCUGUAUGUGGGGUUGGCACUACGACAGAAACACCAGAGAGCUGCACCAAUGAGAAAGGUUUCCUGAGGCGUUUCAUCUGGCCUGGGCUUAUGUUUUCUAGUGUGACAGUCAACCUGGUCUUUGCCAGCCUCUACAUGUACAACAACUGGAGAUGAAUCAUCGGUGGGUCUGCUGUGGUUCUCUUUUGGCCCUUAAAGGGUUACCCAGCCUCUGGUUCCUGACGGCCUUGAAGUGUCUGUGGACCUGGAGGUCAGUCAAUAACUCUUAUCAGGAAAAUAUUCUGGUGGAAAGGCUCUGUUAAUACAGAUGUCAGCUGAAAGACAAGAAUGUUUAAGUGAGUGAAGUGGCCACCAACAAAACUCCUAUCGAAGUUACAGAAUGCUGUGCAGAUGUUCAUUUUUGUUAUUUUUGACACUUAAUAGUUUGGCUUUUGUGAUGUGGCCUUUUUCUUUCCAAUGCUGCUCCUGAAACGUGCGACCCAAAUGCACUGUUUUGCCGAGCCUGUCCCUACAUUGGGUCUUGUCUUACCUAGUUACACUGAUUGUAAUGGGUGUGUUACUACUUCGCACUACAUUUGUUGAUUUUUAAAAGCCAAAAAGCUGUAAAUGAAGCAUCGUGCUACACUGUGCUGUAUUAGGAUAUUUUGGAAUUUUUGUGAACGUACAUAUUUGUCUUUGUAUUGUAAUCAUUGAAAACACUGGGUUUCCCCAUGUAGUUCUUUGUUGAUUCAGCUGAGAAUGUUUGGUUUAACUUUUUACACACUAACAACUUUUUUAUAUUUUGGUUUCAUAUUAAAGUGUUUCAUAUCACAAUUGUACACUUAAACAGAUCUCUAUCUCACAGCCUGUUGUUUUCCUUGAUAUUUUGUUCACAGUUGUUCAAAACUCCUCAGGCCAAGUGCAAUAUUGAAGCUCCUGUGUGGAGUUUUUGGCGUAAAUGACUGAAAUUAAUUUUAAUGCCUCUAACUCAGCAGUUCUCAACUUGUCUAUCUUCCCAGCUUAUCACCACCUCCUUCAUGAGAAAUUUUGACCCCAAUUUCUGACAACUUAACAAUCAAGACAAAUUAAGCAUGAUUUUAAAAAAGCCCACUGUUACAAAAACCCUAUGAGUACAUUAUAUGCAUACAUUUAAUUUUUAUUCCAUUUUCCAUGUAAGUGUUGGUUGUUUUCUCAAGAUUAGGGAUGUGGACAGUCAAAUGAUUCAGUUUGAAAAAUCAAAUUAAUUAGCCAACGCAAGAUUUAUGAGUCAGUUUAACCAAUUACCUAUCAUUUUUUUAUAAACACGUGGCUGAAUUCCUGCUCAAAUGUUCUUUGAAAAAAGCUGUUAUGAAGUCUCCCAUCACCGGUAGCCACUGUAGCUUCUAUUAAUAGCCGCUGCCUUCUUGUAAGCUUUCCCCUGACUCUUCACUAGAUGUCAUAUGAGAAGCUUAGCGGUUAGCAUGUCACAGGAGCAGUACUGUAUUUCCAUUUUCUUGUUUUUUUUUUUUAACUACAAAAAUGGAAAUAAAGUUGUAUGUGGGCUGUUAAAAGUUAUAUUCAUGUAACUACUCAACCUUCUAAGCACAAUCUGUUCCGGUAAUAUAAUCUGAAAAGGGGACAGAGCGUUGAAGAGCUAGCUGCUAAUAAUAGCCAAGCUCUACACAGCAUAUUGGGCGCACAUCAUACCUGCUGACACAAUGACCCUGGGGUAAAUUUGACUGUUUUUCUAAGUGUUGUAUCCUCCUUAGACUAGUCCAUUUUAUGCAAUCUAAAUGGCCAUUAAGCCAAAUAGGGAAAUAGAGCCCAGUACAACCUUACUAGAGAUCAUGAUAAAUGGCGGGGAACCGAUGGAAAGACUCACUUUUUAUUUUUGUUUUGUAUUUGGUUAUCAAUUCUAUCUAUAGACUUACAAAAUGAAGUAUGUCAGUGCAGUCCUUUGCUAAUAGACCACAGAAGACUGUAUAAAAAGUAGGCAAGGGUAUGACAUGUACCCUUUAACACAUUAUCAUGGAAAACUAACUUUGUUAUCUAAUGACUAGAGAUAACUAGAUAAAUGGGUUUACACCAUGAGAAAACAAUCUAAAUUUACUUUUUGUCAAGGCAAAAUGGAAUAAAAUCAAAUAAAUUGAUGCGUGUCCACUCAAGGCUUCCAUAUAUCUUGGAUUACUGUCACUUUUUUCCUUUGCUCACAGGACUCACUGAAAAUAACUUUUAGGUCCAAACCCACACAUUCAGAAGUCCGAGUGAACUAGAAAAUUAAACAAGACUAGGAGGCUGGCCACACUGCAUGAUUUUACGCCCAAUGUUAGGCCUGAUUUUACCUCCUUUGAUGAACCAGGCGGUGGGGGUAGUGGUGAUUAUUUAUCCAAAUAAUCCUCAAGUGUGUGGUGUCCACAAGAUAUUUUUACUGCUGGUCCAGUCUCCUAGUGUGCACUUGAACGAUGUGAAAAUCGUAUAUUGUGUGGCCAGCCUUGGGGAAAAACAAUGUACUAAACAGUUAUUUUCAAUUUGUGGAGCUGCGGCUACAGGGUUGGUGUCAGAACAGAAAUUGACAUUAUUUCAUCAGCAAGGAAUCUCAGUAGGUGAUUCAUGUCAAUUUUUUUGUUUUGUUUUUUUGUCAAAAACACAAAUUACACAUGUACAGUACCAGAUGAUCACAAACCAGAAUUUCUUUAUAGAGGUUUAAAAACAGAUUAAGUAAUGAAGAGUUAAGUUUCAGAGAAAACUGACAUGUGCUACUGAAUUUGUCUAGAUGUGGGAACUGUCUAAUAAUAGAUUGAAAACUAUCAUUAGACAAACAAAUAAUGAUAAAUGUCUUUUUUUCUAAUAAAUGUAUUGAUCCAUAAUAUAUAAAGAAAUUUUGUUUGGAUGUGCAUAAUGAUUGAAUGAUAAAGGCACAGAAUCAGAGGGACAUUUUUUCGCCUUGCUGAACUUUGAACUAAUCCUGACUGGAUUAUAAAUUGUACAUCCUUAUCAUUUUGCACUUUUUCUGUUCUAUUAUAUUUCAGUUUGACUGUGUUUGCAUGUCCAUGUUGAAUAUUUUGAUUUUGUAAUAUUUUCAGUAGAAAUGAAAAGCACAGAUUUUUUGUAUAUGUUGAUAACUUGAGUUAAAAAAUGAAAUCUGCAUGUUUAAAAUGUGUGUGAAUUGUUUUCAGGUGACUCUUUUUCAUGUUGUCAGAUUUUUGGAUGUUUAUUUUUCCACUUUGGUGGAUGGCCAUGCACUUGAUUGUUUUAGGAACUAUUUGUUUUUAUCUUUGAAUCACUUCUUGGUGAGCAUUGUUUUCUCGCCCUUGAUGCUGACUUUUUUUGUCGAAAUGUCAAAAGCAAUUUUCUGUUAGUUCUUAUUUUGAAACACAUUUAAUGAAAUCAUGAAAAUGAUCAAAAAAUGAAGUUCUUGAGAGAAGUACAACAUGCUACUGAAAAAUGAAUAUCUAUAUUGUCUUUAAAUGAUGAUAAAUGAUUCAAAACAUCAAUGUAUGACAAACUUUUGAUUAAGUUUGGUUUGAGAAAUGUAUCUUUAACCCUCAACAUACAUAGUGGUGAAAGCAAACACGCCUUUGCAUUUUUUCUUUGUGUAAUUUUGAAUCUAAUAUAACUUUUCAGCCACACUUAAACAAAUCUUAUGUUUCAGUGGAAGAAAAUUAUUAUUUUUUAAAGGUAUGUUUUGCUUCUACUCUGGACUUCACAUUGACCUGCCAAAUCAAGAGUCUGCCCAUUUUGAGUCCUUGUAGGAGAAAGGAUUUAUGUUUUCUUGAAUAUUUCACUUAUGGUGUGAUGUGUUGUUAUCUACAAUGUUUUCUUCAGUGAAAACACCUGUCUGUAAACUGUUUGAUCUGAAACUUUUGCUUGUUUCAUCUGGAUUCAAACAUCUUUUUCAAUAAAGUAUUUUUCUAA